AAAUUCGGUGGAGGGUUUAUAAAUCUGAAUUUGGCGGAGCUCAUGUUGAUAGGCUGAUAGCCGAAACGGUCGUAGCAAUCGACUGAGAAUGGAAGCAGUUGACGCAUCUAAGCUCCGCUCUGACUUCCUUCAGCUCCUCCGCUCUCGCCGCCGGCAAGUUACUGACGUUGAUUUUCUGGCAGUUCCCUUCACCGUCGAGAUUGGGAAGCCGGUGAAGAAUCCCAUGUAUCAGGGGAACACUCUUCUUGGUUCCAGGAAGGUUAUGGAAUCUUGCCCUAAGGAAGGCAUUGAGGGCUUCGAAUUCAAUGAUGGAUUGAUUGAAGAAAACAUAUAUUUGAUCACUGAAGAAGGUGAGCAAGGCAGACUCCCAGUCUUGAUAUUGAAAAUGAAGAGAAGUGAUUCAAAAAAGAGACCAGCUGUUGUGUUUAUACAUAGCUCCUACAAAUGUAAAGAAUGGUUGCGCCCUUUGCUUGAGGCAUAUGCUUCUAGGGGAUAUGUUGCUGUUGCCAUUGAUUCCCGCUACCAUGGUGAAAGAGCUAGAAGCACAACAACAUAUCAAGAAGUUCUAAUUUCAUCCUGGAAAAAUGGAAACACUAUGCCUUUCAUAUUUGACACAGUAUGGGACUUGAUAAAGUUGGCAGAUUACCUUGUGCAGCGGGAGGAUGUCGAUCCUAUAAGGAUUGGAGUUACUGGAGAAUCCUUGGGAGGUAUGCAUGCUUGGUUUGCUGCUGCGGCCGACAUUCGCUAUGCAGUUGUUGUCCCUAUAAUCGGCGUUCAGGGUUUUCGAUGGGCCAUGGACAACGAGAAAUGGCAAGCUCGGGUUGAUAGUAUUAAGCCUGUCUUUGAAGAAGCAAGGAUUGAUCUCGGCAAGAAUCUAAUUGAUAAAGAGGUGGUAGAAAAGGUGUGGGACAGAAUUGCGCCGGGCCUAGCUUCACAAUUUGAUUCCCCCGAGACUCCUGCUAUCGCACCUCGUCCUCAGCUUAUUCUAAAUGGUGGUGAAGAUCCUCGCUGUCCUCUGGAUGGUUUGCAUAUCCCAAUAUCAAGAGCAGAACAGGCUUAUAAGAAGGCCGGCUGCCCUGAAAACUUCAAGUUUAUAGCGGAAAGUGGAAUUGGGCAUCAAAUGACAGCUUCAAUGGUGAAGGCAGCAAGCGACUGGUUUGACAAGUUUCUCAAACCGUAAGAUUAUCGAAUCAUAAGCUGGGGAAUUUUUCUUUAUUAUUUGAUCUCUUAAUUGCUCUAAAUCAAAUUUUCAGGGGCUUUUAUGAGUUUAAACUGAGCAUGUUUAUGUUGAGACAUGGAUUUUUAGCAACAUAGUUUAUAUUGUAAUAAUAUUUGGAUCCCCACAAUGAGGCGCGAGUGUCAUUACAGGAAAAUAAAUGUUGCUACUUGCUUCCGUUUAUGAUUCCUAAUAAUCUUUUUUUAAUGAUGAGUAAUAAAUCAUAAAAUAUAUGCUUUGAGAUUUGUAAUCUUGAAGAAAAGAUAAUCUCCU